CUUUCUCGCUCACAUGGACGUCUAGAGUAUUCCUGUCUUUCACACUACCGUAACCACCAGUGAUUGACACGUAUGAACUACGUGCGCUUCGAUAUCUGCUAUGAAAAAGCCUAUUGGUCUGCAAGUGGUCCGAGCUUCUCACUGCUCGAAGGACUCUGCUCAUCUUCAUUAUUUUUGGCAAAUGCAGGUGCAGUCCACUGCCCCUGUGGGUCGCCCACACUGCAGCGUGCCUACUGGAGUUGAGCCAUUUGUCUUCAGACACUUGGAGAUUUUGCCAAUAUUGAAGAGGCACCAUGAAUCUAGCGAACAUCCUGGACCGAGACUUGCGCCUUCGUCUGUUUCCAUUGCCUCGCAUGAGCGCCGCACUGUCUCCUCUGUCACAGUCACAGCUGCAGCGUGUCCAAGCAGAACUAACCAGGAUGCUGUCAUGAUAAAGGGUAGGGCGACCAUAUCUUGAGCAAUAUGCUGCUAUUAGCGUAAAUCUAUUGGUAAGGCAGUCUGUAUACUGAUGAUUGGAUCUGAAAGUCCUCUCGAGUGUUGCGAGAGCAAGAGAGAGGAAGGUGCGAAGCUCCUCUUUAUGGCAUGGCCUCAAAAGCCCCUGAUAUACAUCUCACUGGAGACCGUGGACCCGGACCAAUGAGACUCGUUGCAACUUUCCGACCUUGCAGAGUCCAGGAAAUGGCAAACCCAAUUGUUUGUUGCUUUUCUU